AUUGCGAGAGUAGUUCUACUACUUACCAACUUCUAAUGCCUACUUAAAAAACGAACUUCUAAUACGGGUAAAAAUUGCUCCGUGGAAGAAUAUUCCAUGGAUAUACAGCAGCACUUGGUCUGCGCCAUAUAGUCAUCGUUUUCACUGUGAUGCUCUUCUCCCAGUCAAGAAGAUUCCCAGAAACUUUCUGUCAAUCUUUAUGGCUGCUGCGUUUCCAUGUGUUUUUGCCCCCUUUGUUCUUCUGUUACUGUUUGUUGGGUGCUCUGCCAGACCGCUCUACCCGCUUCCUAGCCGAAGAAAUGACCGAAACAAACAGCCCUUACAAACUUUUCGCCCGUAUAACAUUGCCCACCGGGGUUCAAAUGGAGAAUUCCCCGAAGAAACAGCUCCUGCAUACAUGAGGGCUAUUGAAGAAGGUGCUGACUUCAUUGAAACAGAUAUUUUGGCUACGAAAGACGGUGUGCUGAUAUGCCAUCAUGAUGUCACCCUUGAUGAGACAAGUGAUAUAGCUGAUCAUAAAGAGUUUGCAGGCCGAAAUAGGACUUAUGAGGUUCAAGGGGCAAACACGACCGGCUUUUUCACUGUUGAUUUCACACUCGAUGAGUUGCAGACCCUUAGAGCAAAACAAAGAUAUUCUUUCCGAGAUCAGCAAUAUAACGGAAAGUUUCCUAUCAUUACUUUUGAGGAAUACAUUUCAAUUGCACUUGACGCCCCUAGAGUUGUUGGAAUAUAUCCAGAAAUAAAGAAUCCAGUCUUUGUUAAUCAGCAUGUUAAAUGGCCAGGCGGUAAGAAGUUCGAAGACAAGUUUGUGGAGACGCUGAGGAAGUACGGAUACAAAGGAUCUUACAUGUCAAAGGAAUGGUUAAAACAGCCUGUUUUUGUCCAGUCUUUUGCCCCAACAUCUCUUAUUUAUGCAUCCAAUCUCACUGACCUGCCUAUGGUCUUUCUUAUUGACGAUGUCACGGUAUUGACUGAAGACACAAAGCAGUCCUAUUCGGAAAUCACUUCCGACGCUUAUCUUGAUUUCAUAAGGGAUUAUGUGGUGGGGAUCGGGCCAUGGAAGGACACCAUAGUUCCUGUAUCAAACAACUAUAUGCAGCCUCCUACUGAUCUUGUUGCCCGAGCGCAUGCCCUUAAUUUGCAGGUUCAUCCAUAUACAUACCGGAAUGAGAAUUCGUUCGUGCACUUCAACUUCAGUCAAGAUCCAUACAACGAGUUCAGGUGGUGGAUAAACCAGAUUGGCGUGGACGGGCUCUUCACGGACUUCCCGGGCAGCCUCCACCAGUUUCAAGAGUGGACCAGCCCAUUGUCAGUAGGAGAAAAGGAGGCUUCGAAACUGCUGCGCAGAAUCGGCUCCAUGAUCACAAAGUUUGAGCACUAGUAUAGUAGUAUUGUUAUUGCAGAUUAGGUUUCAUUUAGAGUUCUCAGUUCAUUUUUUAGUGGUUGUGUGGGAUGGUUCUUUCCAAUUGUGAGUUGUGACAUUCAUCUUUCAUUCUUGCAGCAGAAAGUUUGCUGCUUUUGAGUAUAUGCCUAUUUUUUUUCAGUUUGUCAAAGCAUUUUAUACUACUGCAGCUGUAUUUUGG